CCUUGCUCCGCUGCUUGAAAUCGUAAACUCCAAACUUUCAAUCAAAACAAAGAAGGGUUGCGACAAUGGUUACUAGUGUAGCUCAGUUUUGCAUCUCUGCUUCGCCCAAAACCUUAGCCAAACAAUCUGGCGCCAUUCUUCUCAACAGACCAAACCCUGUUUUGCGGUUCCCUUGGACAAGACUGCUUGCACUUUGCUUCACCAAUGCUGGAAAAGACAAUUCCAAUUUCCAAGCAAAGGAGAGACUGAAUUGCUGUGGCCGAUACUCAAGCGAUGGGAGGUUCCCUGGGAGUGGUUCAUUAACUUUACUUGCCUGUGGAUUGAGCAUUACAACUAUAGUUGUACUUGGAGUUUUGUAUGGUGUAGCCAACCCCUUCCAACCCCUUACUGAAGACCUAUUUCGCUGUGGUAUCCUUCAUGCAAAGUCUCCUAAUUGCUUUAGUUCUCUAUGCAUGUUAUGAAAAUUUUGUCUUAUUAAGUGAGCCACAUUGAAAAUUUGCAUUGUUUCUUUUAGGCCUUUAGGUUAUAUGGGCAUAUGCAUGAAAGGCAGCCAAUCAACCUUUUUAACUGCUUUGAUGGUUAAUUGAAAAUAUUUUUGAUGCU